AUGGCCCAGCACGCUACCGUCGCGCUCAAGAGGACCGGUGCCAAGAUGCCGCUCGUCGGCUUCGGUCUCUGGAAGGUCACCAAGUCUACUUGCGCGGACACCGUGUACAAUGCCAUCAAGGCUGGCUACCGUCUCCUCGAUGGUGCUGGUGACUACGGUAACGAGAAGGAGGCUGGAGAGGGCCUCCGUCGUGCUAUUGCCGACGGCAUCGUGAAGCGCGAGGAUGUUUGGGUCACCUCCAAGCUCUGGAACACUUUCCACGCCCGUGAGCACGUAAACGCGCUUGCGAAGAAGCAGCUCGGCCUCUGGGGCAUCGACUACUUCGACCUCUUCCUCGUCCACUUCCCGAUCGCGCUCGAGUACGUCGACCCCAGCCACCGCUACCCGCCCGAGUGGUGGGGCGAUGACAAGAAGGUGCACCUCGCCAAGGUCCCCUUCCAGGAGACCUGGGGCGCCAUGGAGGAGCUCGUGGAUGCCGGAGUGGCAAAGAACAUUGGUGUCUCGAACUGCCAGGGCUCCAUCCUCCUCGACAUCCUCCGCUAUGCGCGCUACGAGCCUGCCGUGAACCAGGUUGAGCUCCACCCCUACCUCACGCAGGAGCCCCUCGUCAAGCUCUGCAAGACCCUCGGCAUCGCGAUCACGGCGUACUCUUCGCUCGGCCCGCAGAGCUACGUCGAGCUCGGCGCUGACAAGGGCGCGCAGAACCUCAUGGAGCACAACGCGAUCCAGAGCAUCGCGUCGAAGCACUCGAAGACUACGGCGCAGGUGCUGCUCCGCUGGGCUGUGCAGCAGGGUCUCGCCGUCAUCCCCAAGUCGAACAACCACGACCGUCUGGUGCAGAACCUCGACGUCGACAAGUUCACGCUCGGUGAGGACGAGGUGAAGGCGAUCAGCUCGCUGAACAUCAACCUCCGGCUCAACGACCCGGCUGACAUUGACCCGCGCAUGGCGAUCUUCGCGUGA